GGGGAAACGCGGUUGGUUUGCGUCAGUGGUACGCGCCUUGGGAAAGCUGACAUGCAGCAUGGCUGCGGGUGGCUCAGAGGCCCCUUGGCCGAAGGCGGCUUCGGAUGGGCCCCUCGUAGGAACAGCUGGCGUCCUACCGUGCCUGGAACUGCCAACCUAUGCUGCUGCUUGUGCGCUGGUGAAUAGCCGCUACUCCUGCCUGGUCCCCGGGCCGCACCGAAGGCACAUCGCGCUUUCGCCUCGCUACCUCAACAGGAAACGCACCGGCAUUCGAGAGCAGCUCGAUGCGGAGCUCCUACGCUAUUCGGAGAGUCUUUUAGGUGUCCCCAUUGCAUAUGAUAACAUCAAAGUUGUGGGUGAACUGGGAGAUAUUUAUGAUGACCAAGGACACAUUCAUCUUAACAUUGAAGCAGAUUUUGUUAUUUUCUGCCCUGAACCAGGGCAGAAGCUUAUGGGUACAGUUAAUAAAGUGUCUUCUAGCCACAUCGGCUGUUUAGUACAUGGGUGUUUUAAUGCCUCCAUUCCAAAACCUGAGCAGUUGUCAGCUGAGCAGUGGCAAACCCUGGAGAUAAACUUGGGUGAUGAACUAGAAUUUGAAGUAUUUCGUUUAGAUUCAGAUGCUGCUGGAGUAUUCUGCAUUCGCGGAAAACUAAAUAUCACUAGUUUAAAAUUUAAGUGCCCUGAAGUUCCUGCAGAAACAACAGAUACCUGUGCUGAAGAAGCUGUAGAAAAACCUCCAAAGAAGAAAAAGAAGAAGAAGAAAGACCCAGAAAUAUGUGAAGUGGACGAUGGUGCCACAAAACUAGCAGAUUUUACAGAUGAUACCCCAAAGAAAGAAUCAGACCUGCAGAAUACUAAUAAUGUGAGUGGCCUCUGGGAGGACGAACCGAAGAAGAAGAAGAAGAAGAAAAAGAAAAAGCACCAGGAAGAUCAGGACCAGGACCCUGUUUUCCAAGGCAGUGACUCCAGUGGUUACCAAAGUGACCAUAAAAAGAAAAAAAAGAAAAGAAAACACAAUGAAGAGGCUGAAUUUUCCCCAAUUUUGGAAUGCUCACCAAAAAAGAAAACAGAAAAGUAAUUAUCUUUAGUGCAUUUUAAAGAUGAUUCAGUUUUUAAAAAAUUGAAUUACAUUCAAUAAAUUUAUAAGCAUUUUUAAA